UGGGGUGAAGUUGAGCGUCGUCUCAAGCAGCGGGAGGAUACCAGGUUUGCCCUCUCAGCUCACCCAUCUCACCUUAGAAACUUAGGAUGUGAAUGGUGCCUGGAUUUUGGAUUGACUCGCAGAUCCGUCAUGUCGUCGUUCACCGGUGUAUCUGUCGUCACCGGCAGAGAGCAUUGCACCACGUCAGCCGUUGACGCCGACACGGACAGCAGGGCUGGGCCUUUCAUGGUAGGAGGUCAUAAAUGGCGCAUCAGGUACUAUCCCAACGGUGUCAACCUGAGUCGUGUUGAAUACAUUUCUCUCGAUGUUUUCCUUGGCGAUGAGGAAGAUGAAAUUGAAGAGGUUGUGAAGGUGAAGUUCCAGUUUAGCUUUGUUGGCCAGGUUGAGAAGCAGGAGCCAAAGUAUAUUCGUUCGACCCAAACAUGCAGCUUCUCUAGCAAACAUCGUCGUUGGGGCAACACAAAGUUUGUGAAAAGAGAUGCCCUUGAACAAUCAACACAUCUAAAGGCAGAUUGUUUCACCAUCCGGUGUGACAUCAUGGUUUGCAAUGAUUUCAACAACCAGGAUGCCAGGGUCACCCUGCCUGACAUUGGCCAGCAAUUUAAAAUUCUACUUCAAGAUAAGGUGGGUUGUGAUGUCACAUUUGAGGUCAGCGGUGAGAUGUUCCCCGCACACCGGUGCGUGCUUGCAGCCCGAUCUAAAGUUUUCAGGGCUCAACUCUUUGGCCCCAUGAUAGAGGGUAUAACGUCCAGUGCCAUACAGAUCAAAGACAUGGAAGCAAAAGUGUUUGUGGCUUUGCUAAGCUUCAUCUACUCAGACUCAUUUCCUGAGAUGGAGGACAAAGCACAAGCUGUGGAAGUAGAAGAAGAGGAAGCAGUAGAGGAUGAAAUCCCAGAAGUUGAGGAAGAAGGACAAGAAGAGGAAGCAAGAGAGCAUGUAACGUGGCUGCAAUGGCUGCAAGAUUUGUUUGUAGCAGCAGACAGAUAUGAUAUCCAACAGCUCAAGUCUUUAUGUGAGAAGCAGUUAUCUGAGAACAUAGGUGUGAGCUCCGUGGCAUCCACUCUGGCUCUAGCUGAGCAACACCACUGCCACAGAUUGAAGGAUGCGUGUUUGAAUUUUAUUCAAGUUCAGUCUCCCAAGUGUUUGGGUAAAGUAAUGGUGACUGAUGGCUGGAAGCAUAUAACUACAACCUAUCCCUCUGUUUUGGAUGAGCUCAUUGUCAAGCUUGCGUCAAAUCAGAAGGAGAAGAAGAGGAAGCACAAGACUAUGUUUUGCUAGACCUGAAGUAACACUGUUAUGCAUAUAUGGGAUGGGAUCCUCUAGGUCGAUGGUGUCUGUUUGUCUUGCUUUUGUUUCAUCACCUCAUUUGCCUAUAUGUUGGAUCUAUGUUGAACCGGAAAGAUCCAACAUAUGGCAGAUAUGGAGCUGCCUGUAAUUUCAGGUGCAAGUUGCUUAGCUAGUUGUUUCUUUGGGCCUUCCCUCUGAUGAAAGAAAACCUUUUCUAGUGGUUAUCAAGAACUAUGCUGAUGUUUCCUGAAAGGCUUCUCCUGGGUGCUUCUUUUCUCGAAUUUUUUAUCCCAUUGCUGCUGGUUGCACGGCUGCAGAUUGACUUUUUUGUGUGAUUUGGGUCCAUGGUGUGUGCUAUCGGGGGUUCGAAUUGUUGAAGCUAUUUUGGUUUGUUUGAACCAUACCUGU